UUGAGAUUUUUUUUUGAUUUUUAUAUUUUUAGAGUAUUGCUUUAUAUUCGUUGUAUCACUAAGAAAAAUAACAAAAACAAAACAAUGUCGUCAGCUAUCAGGAUUGGAUGUGUUCCCGAGCACUUUUCUGCGCCUCUUUUGCAUGCGGUUGAAAGCGGUGAAUUCAAGGACAACGAGAUAGAGCUGGUGAUAUGUAAACUUGGUACUGGAGAUAUGGUUAAGAAGCUGGCUGCUGGAGAGCUGGAUGUGGCGAUUUGCGUGACUGAGGGACUGGUGGCCGGAAUCAACAGCAACAAGGACGCCAGUCUUCGUCUAUUCGGAACUUACGUCGACACACCCCUACCAUGGGCGGUUUCAGUUGCGACCGAUGCAAGGUUCUGCAGUCUCGAUGAUCUGGGAUUCGGGGCAAAGUUUGGGAUCAGCCGGCCAGGCAGCGGCAGCGAGGUGAUGGCUCGGUACGCCGCAAGCCAAUACGAAUGGGCCACGCCGCAGUUCGCCGUUCUCGGCGAUAUCAACCAACUAGUCGCCGGCACGCAGGAACACAAGGUGGAUGCGUUUCUGUGGGAGCGCACGACUAUGCAGAGACACUACACGGCCGAGUCGGUGCGCUACCUCGGGACGGUCAAACCCCCAUGGCCGGCGUUCUCAUACGGAGCGACCGAGCAGUUUAUUCGCCGGAACCCCGGGUUGCUGCGGGAUUUAAUUGCGAGGAUUGGGCAGGUGGCGGGGCGGUUUAUGGAGCGGAGAGAGGAGGGGCUAAGAUUUGUUUGCGACUCCCUGGGGUAUGCUGCGGAGGACGCAGUGAUGUGGGCGGGGUAUGUUGGGUUUAGCCCGGAUGGCGCUGUGGACGAAGCUAAGGUGCGCGCGGUUGCUCGCGCAUUGCAGCGCGCUGCGGUUAUUGGUGACUGUGCGCUUGAGGAUAUUGUUCUGCGCCCUGGCCAAGCGUGAGGUUACCCGUUUUUUAAUUAUGGGGGUAUUGUCUAAAUAAUAUUGUAAUUUACAAGAGCAACCGCGCCCCACUGUUUGUUUGCCAGCCUCAUCUUCUCGUCUCUACACCCCGUCAUUCGUGAUGCAGGUCCGUGGGUGCAUAAAGAGUGAGGGGGGAAUGGAAUAGUGUGCUAUUGCACUUUCAUGUAGGAAAAACAAUAAAAAACAAACAAAACAACUGGUAACAUGCACACGGUUUUAUUAUUUUUACAGGGGAUGAUCUACAAG